GCAGUGGAACAUAGUAUCUCUGUCAUUCGACAAGGACAUUCUCAUUUCACAUCAUAAUUUUUCUGUCUUUGUGGUUAAAAGUUUUAUUUCACACGAUUGGCCUUUACUAUAAAAGCCAGUUUUCAGAAAGUUGCAAAAUGUCUGGAACCGAAGCAGUAAAUUCAAGUGAAACUGAGAAUCUCUGUGUCGUUUGCUUUAAAACCGUUGAAAUUUACUCCAUAGGCCCUUGCGAUCAUGCCGUCUGUUUUGAGUGUUCCACCAGGAUGAGGGUUCUUUGUAAGCAGAAUGAGUGUCCAAUUUGUAGGCAAUUGAUGCAAAAGGUAUUAUUUACAAAAACAAUCGAAGCAUUCUCAGUGUUGUUACCAAAGUUUGAGCGAUCGAACCUACAAGAUCGUAGAGCUGGCAUCAUCUUUUGUACUUCGGAUAUUCAAAAGGCUUAUUAUAAACUGCUAGAGCACCGUUGUUCGAUAUGCGAAGACAAUGAAAGGAAAUGGCCUUUCAAAACGUUUCAACAGCUUAAAGACCACAUGCGGAGGGAGCACGAAUUAUUUUACUGUGACAUAUGUACUGAAAAUCUCAAGAUAUUCAGUUUUGAAAAACGUUGUUAUAACAGACAAGAGUUAGGGUUACAUAGGAGGAAAGGUGAUCCUGAUAAUACAUCACACAGGGGACAUCCGUUAUGUGAGUUUUGUGAUGAAAGAUUUAUGGACAACGAAGAAUUAUUUAGACACCUCAGACGAAAUCAUCUUUUCUGUCAUUUCUGUGAUGCAGAUGGCAAACAUCAGUUUUAUAAUAAUUUGGAUGAUUUAGUGAAGCAUUUUCGCGAUGAACAUUAUUUGUGUGAGGAAGGAGAAUGCAAGGGGAUGCCGUUGACUUCAGUUUUUCGAACUGACAUUGAUUGUAAAGCACACAAAGCUACUUUACAUAGUAGAUUUAUGAGCAAGUCGGGUGCUAAACAAGCCAGAACUUUGGAAUUAGAAUUUACAUUGGCACCUAGAACAAGACAAGGUAAUGAUACUAGAAACCGUAGAUACAACGAACGGAGAGAUAGGGUAGAAGAAGAAACAUCUAGUAGUUCUUACCACAUGGAACCAGGUGGACCUGGUGGAGGUGUGGAGGAAAGCAGAGGACGUAUUUUUUUCAAUCCUCUUACUCCUCAAGAUUUUCCCGCAUUGGGUGGCGCAUCUAGUAAUAUAACUGUACACACUAGACCUGCAUCUGUAAAUUUCACAUCUAAGUUGAAUUCUAAUUUCAGUAGUGACGAUUUUCCAUCACUAGGGGGUAGUAGCGGUUCCAGUAAUACAAAACCUUCAUCAGCUGUUACGAUUACCACUAAUUCUUCUGCGAGAAGCAGUAAAGUACCAGAAGUGACUAUUACUAGAGUGUCUGGUGGUCAAAAACGAUUAGAAAAAACGUUGGAGAAUUUUCCGGCUCUAGGAGGACCUAGUUCAAGUGGUAGUGGUACGGCUAGAGUAAGUGUUAGUAAUUCAGAAGAUUCAAAUACGUUGUCAAUUCAAGUAAAUCAUAGGCCUAAUAGCAACAUAACAACUCACAUAACCGCUAGCGUCUCAUCGAGUAGUCAAUCAAGACCUUCAGAGGCAUUUCCGGCUUUGGUAGCCAUUACUGCUGUUCAACCUAAAUGGGUACCGGCAAAAAAGAAGAAAGAACCGAGGGCUGAUAAAGUAGCACCGGCGCCCCAAUUGCCCCCUACUUCUUUAGAACAAUUUCCUACUCUAGCUAAGAAAAAGAGCUCGGUAUCCGUGCCUGUAUCUAACAAUUGGGUUAACCUCAACGAUAUAAAUAGUUCAAAUUAUAAGAAUAAUUCUAAUUAUAGUAAUAACGCGAAGACUAACGGUAGUAUCGAUAGUUCGAGACAUGGUAGUGAUAGUAGCAAUAAGAAAAAUGACAUUGGUAAACCGACCAAUUCGAAACAAAAAAACAACGUUGAAACCAAAUUAAACGAUCUUAAAUUGAACGAUAACGGCGAUUCGAAAAAUAAAAGCAAAAAGAAGAAAGGUAAGUUAACUGAAACUGAUAACUCUGCGAAAAACCAUGAACCUAAUAACAAUAACCAACCAAACGACUCCAUUACUAUGAACGGUCAAGUUAAGAAACGAUCAGAACUGAAAAUUGGUAAAUUGAAUAGUCCAACGGAACCUGUGAUCACCAAUGAUUUUCCUUGUUUAGGCGAAACGAAACCACCUCCUGGUUUCUCCUUAAAACCUCCCCCGGGUUUAAAUCCGGCUUCGUUCCCCGUUCUGGGUGCUAGCGAUUUUACUUUCACCUCGAGCAGUGGUCAAAGUUACUCAAUAAUGCCUGUAAACAAUUAUCACCAGCCUACAAAUUUCCAAUCGAGGAAUCAAGAUUUAAUCAAGCGGUUUAUGGUUUUAUUGGACAACGAUGCCAUCAAGGAAUUCAAAACUUAUUCGGAUUUGUUUCGAAACGGUGCUUAUCCAACUAACAAGUACUACGAACAUUGCAGAGAAAUUCUUGGUGAUAAGUUCGAUGAAGUAUUUCCUGAAUUGUUAGUUCUUUUACCGGAUUUAGAAAAACAACAGGAACUCUAUAGGGUGUAUGACGGUAAAAAUAAGAAAAAUUUAGUGGUGUGCGAAAACUGCAAACAAAUUAUCUUUAAGAAGGAAUUGAGCGAACAUUAUAACAACCAUAUAUUAGAAAAUCAGUUCCCUACGUUGGGGAAGUCGCAGCAGGGUAACAGCGCUUGGCGGAAAUAAAAUUUCUUGAUGGGAAAUAUGAGUAAUAAAAAUAAUUUGAACCAAAAAAUUGAUUGAAUGGUAUUACUUUGUUUUAUUUUUAUCAUUUUGUACAUACAUUCCGGAAAAGUAGAAGGAAAUUUCAAACAAUAAUGAAAGAUUUAGGAAAUUAUUGUUUUUAAAUGAAGAAUAAUGAAAAAUGUUUGAUUUGAUUUCAACUAGUUGCCAUUUAAGUAUCGACAAAAGUGGAAUAACAUCAAAAUAAAGGGUAAAUUAUUAUUUUUUUGAAUUCUUCUAAACCAUUUGCUUCAUCCUUCUGGUUUUUACGGAAUGUUUGGUUUGUUUAAAAUGUUCUGCAGCAAUAAAACAGUUUGUAUAUUUUGGAAUUUUGUUUCGGUUACAUUUGGUGGAAAGAAAUAUUAAAAAUUUUCAAUUUAGUCACAAAAAUUACUAAAAAAACUUGUUUUUUUAAGAUUCUUAUCCUUCUUUAAAUUCGAUUUUCAAAAUUCUGAAACUGAAUUCUGAAAAUUUGAAAAAUUUCAUACCCUUUAGUUUCUAUUUUCAAUUUAACAAUAAACAAUCAUAAAAAAUUUGUAUCUCAACAUCAUAAUCCUUAAAUCCUCAACAUCAACCCUUAAACAUCAACCUUUUCUCAAAUGGUUUCCACUUAAAAGUGUCCAGAAGUUUCGAUCCAACUCAAAAUACCAUUUAAAUUCAGUAUAUUUCUAAAUUUAACUGUAAGUGAUAAAAUUUGGAAAGUGUCAUUUGCAUUUUCAUGGAGUAACAGCAAUUUUCCCCUGACAAUUAUUACUAAGCAGUUAACGUUAUUUCAGACACAGAAUUUUUUCAACUGACUUUCAUGUAUUAUUUAUUCGGAAGGUUUAAUGUUCCUUUCCUGACAAUUCUACUUUUGAAUUAUUAUAAUGUGGAUAUUAUGAGUUUCCUUUUCACAUUUUAUUGUAUAUUAUUUAAUAGGACAAGCUCUUAUUAACCCCAUAAAUAUUUUUUUUUUCAAAAUCAUUAAGUAAACCAAAACGUUGCAUGUUUGCAAUACAUGUUAAGUUUGUUUUAUUUUAAUUUAUUAAUAUGUAUAUGUAUGUAUAUACAUUAAUACUUAUUAACAGAGUUUUUCUUUAUUUUUAUAUUUGCUGUUUUCUAUUUUUUACGAAAUUAUUUGUAUUAAAAAAAAUUUAAAGACGCUUUUGCUCCUAAUAUAAUUUUGAAAAAAAUAACUUACGUUUAUUCGCCUUAACCCCACACGGCGUGUGUUUGUCACAGUAUUAAAAAUACUUUCAAAAACUGAAAUAUCUUCACACUGAAAAACUAAAUAAUAAAUCUUGAUAUAAUAAACUUCUUAUAGCAUCUUCUAUCAUUAAUUAUUUGUAUUCGUUCGCACUAUUUACAGUUUAUACUGUUUGUUCUCCCUAUUGAAAGGCUCUUUCUCUAUGUAUUUCUUACUUUUGUGUUGAUUUUCCAUGUAUUUUCACUAUUAAUACAAACAUUUCUAAUCCCCUAUUACGUUUACAACCAACUUUAACAAAUUCUUCUAAAAUGAAAGUGGAUAUUGUCGAAACAUAUUUAACUGGACCAAAAUUAGCUCAAACAGCUUAUCAGUGAGAUACUCAUUAAUGUUACGUUUUUCUAUAUGAUAUUUUGUGUUAAUCUUCCAAGUUGAGUCCUAUUCGGAAUAAAUACGUCGAUUUAAAUAGUUUCAAUGAUUUCUAACAGAAUUGUAAUGAUUUUCGUCUACUAUUUGUUGGUAAAAAGGUAGAUAAAACUAUUAUUUAUGUACAAUUUCGAUAAACACAUGCUAACUUUUGGUAAUAUGUUUGUUGAUAUAGCUUUUAAGUAUUUGUUAAAACUGUAAAUAUGAUUGUAACUUUUAUAUCCAUUGUAUUUUUAAAUAAAAUAAUUCCACUGUUA